AUGUCAGGAAUGAUUUCAAGGAUCUCUAGAAGGCCAUUUCAUGUUUAUCAUAGACUUUUUAAUAUUAGUGCUGGACACAGGUUGGUUUUGAAAGAGGCUCUUUCAAAACCAAUAAGACAUGACUGGUCUAAACAGGAGUUGAGUGAAAUUUAUAAUACACCUUUGUUAGAAUUGGUAUACGCUGCUCAAUUACAACAUCGCAAAUAUUAUGACCCAUCAAAAGUGCAGUUAUGUACAUUGAUGAAUAUUAAAACUGGUGGCUGUAGUGAAGACUGUAAGUAUUGUUCACAGUCAACAUCUAAUAAUACGGGUCUAAAAGCUGAAAAACUUGUUUCAAUCGAUGAAGUUUUACUUGAAGCUAAAGAAGCAAAAAAAAAUGGAUCAACCAGAUUUUGUCUGGGUGCAGCAUGGAGAGAUAUGAAUGGUAGAAAAAGUGCCUUAAAAAGGAUUGCUGAAAUGGUGACUAAAGUUAAUGAUCUAGGAUUAGAAACAUGUGUUACUUUGGGUAUGCUAAAUGAUGAGCAUGCCAAACAAUUAAAAGCUGCGGGACUUACAGCUUACAAUCAUAAUAUUGAUACUUCAAGGGAGCAUUAUAAAAAUGUUAUUACCUCGAGAUCUUAUGAUGAUAGAUUGAAAACAAUUAGAGUAGUGAAAGACUCGGGAAUUAGUGUAUGCACUGGAGGUAUUCUUGGAUUAGGAGAAACAAAGGAGGAUCAUAUUGGCUUUCUGUAUUCCCUUUCUAAUAUGAUGCCACAUCCAGAAUCUGUUCCAAUUAAUAGGUUAGUUCCUAUAAAGGGUACAAGAAUAGUUGAUGAGUUAGAAAAACCAGGAGCAAAUAAACUUGAAUUUGAAGAUAUUCUUAGAGUUAUUGCAACGGCAAGAAUUGCCAUGCCUAAUUCAAUUGUAAGAUUGGCAGCUGGGCGUUAUACAAUGAAAGAAUAUGAACAAUUUCUUUGUUUUAUGGCUGGUUGUAAUAGUAUUUUUACUGGUAAGAAAAUGCUAACUACAUUUUGUAACGGGUGGAACGAAGAUAAAGCAAUGUUAUUGAAAUGGGGUUUAGAACCAAUGAAGGCAUUUAAAAAGUACAAUUUACCAGGAAACUAA